AUGUCUCCCGGUAUCGCAGACAGGGAGCAACAAUUUUUUGGCGAGGGCCGUCGCGACACUAGCUUGAAGGCAAACUGGCGUAUCUUCGCCAUCACGCUGUACUUGGGCACUUCGCUCUUCGAGUAUGGUUUUGACAAGGGCGCCAUUGCGGGCUUCCAGGCCAUGCCAGGUUUCCUACAGGUUUUUGGCUACCAGACUCUGGACGGAGAAUGGGCUAUCCAUUCCGGGCCCCAGCAGAUUAUCUCCUCGUUUAUGAUCCUGGGCAAUAUCAUCGGCUCCGCGUCAACCGGAUUCAUUGGUUCUUACGUCGGGCGCCGCUACGCCUUAAUGUUGGGGUCGAUAAUCGUGGUUGUCUCGACGGUCAUCAUGUCUGAGACAACCUCGAUGGGAGCACUCUACUUUUCUAGAAUCCUCAUUGGUAUCGGCAAUGGCAUGCUACUGAACUUUACAGUGUUGUACCUGCAGGAGUGCACACCCGCAUACUUCCGUGGUCUAUGCUUGAGUAUGGUGACGUGCUGGAUAGCGAUUGGAACGACGAUCGGCAUGGUAGUCAACAAUGAAACCGCCAGCAUUAUGAGCCGCCAAGCCUAUCAGAUCCCCCUCUACGUCUGUUACCCGGUUCCAGUCAUCCUCAUUCUGACACUGCCAUUCUUCCCUGAGACCCCACGCUGGCUACUGCAUCGUGAAAAGCCCGAAGAGGCCCUCCGCAGCCUGCAAUUUUUCCGCAAGGGCACUUACAAUGAAGUUGCACUGCGGGAGGAGUUUGAAGAGAUGAAGGCCGCUGCAAGACGCGAGAUGGAAAUCCAGACAAGCUGGAAUACAUUCUUCAAACUCUUCCGCGGUCCUGAUUUGCGACGGACGAUGAUUGCCGUCGGUGUUGGCACUGCAAAUGCUGGUGUAGGGGGCAUGUUCGUUCUGGCAUUUGGUACCUACUUUUUCGAAGUGGCUGAAGUCGCUAACCCGUUCCAAUGGAUUAUCGUCACCAACUGUAUUGGUCUCGCUGGUCUGUUUGUAACCUGGGCGGUUGUCACACACGUUGGCCGUCGGUACAUCAUUGUUGCAGGUUGUGCUCUUUGCACUAUCAGCAUGCUCAUCAUGGCCGCCGUUUACUCCGCAACUAAUGUCGACAAAGCCAGUGCGGACAUUGCUCUCAUCGUUCUCGUGUCGGUGUAUGUAUUCGGCUUCAAUUUUGGCCUAGAACCUUACGUCUAUCUCGUUGCCGGUGAGAUGCCUUCCCAGCAUCUCCGUGGCUAUACCCUGGGCUUGUCGAGCACUGUCAGCUUUUUCUUUGGGUGGUUGACCGCCUUUACCACGCCUUACUUUAUUAACCCGACAGUGCUUAACUGGGGUCCCAAGUAUGGGUACGUGUGGUUCGGGAGCGGCCUUAUAGUCACUGCAUUCGUGUGGUAUUACUUACCUGAAGUGCGAGGCCGGACCCUCGAGGAGAUUGAUGAGAUGUUCCGGAACAAUGUGCCCACGAGAAAAUUCUCCAAUUAUGUGUGUAUAGAGAACCUAGAAGCACAGGAGAGGGGUAGGAAGGUUGUCAAGGCUGAGGACGAUCCCACCGAAGCGCACGUUGAGGUGGCCCAGUAA